CGGAGUCUCUCCAGUCCUGGCAGGGCCGCCAUUUUUGCAAAGGCAAAAGAGACUGCUUUGAGGGGAUCUAAUUUCUAAAAAGUCUACCGAUGACUAGCGCACAGUUUUAACCUAUUCCGACUUGAUUUACAGCCACAUUUACUGUCACCUCGUAGAACAAGAAGCCGGGGAUUUUACCACAGCAAAGUACUCCUUUAGAAACACCUUUAAAUGCUAAACACUGUAAAGCUUUGCUGAGGGGAUCCGCAGUGUGUGUUUGCACACAAGUAUUGUUUUGGUUGUUGGAAAGCUGUGUGGAAGGAAAAGCGACGGGGGUCUUUACCCAGGUUAUCUGCUCUUCACAUCCUCCAGAGUGGACAUAAAACGGCCUUGUGGAUGCACUUAGAUGUCUGCAAUGACUGCUGUGGCUGGCAUGCCUCAGUGUUUUGGACUCCCAUUCUCUGGACUCAGUAGGACAAGAACUGAUCAGCAGAGAACGUCAUGAGCAUAGUCAUCCCAGUAGGGGUGGACACUGCAGACACCUCAUACCUGGACAUGGCUGCGGGCUCAGACAGACCAGAAUCGGUGGAGGCCAGCCCUGUGGUGGUGGAGAAGUCCAGCUACCCACACCAGAUCUACAGCAGCAGCUCUCACCAUUCCCACAGUUACAUUGGCCUGCCUUACGCUGACCAUAACUAUGGGGCGCGGCCCCCACCCACUCCACCGGCCUCCCCUCCCCCCUCCAUGUUGAUCCGACAAGGAGAGGGGGGGUUGUUUGUUCCAGGGGGCCAGGACGAAGCAUCCCGGGGCACCACGCUCAGCACCUCAGAGGAUGGCAGCUACGGGGCUGACAUCACCCGCUGCAUCUGUGGCUUCACCCACGAUGACGGUUACAUGAUCUGCUGUGAUAAGUGCAGUGCCUGGCAGCAUAUAGACUGCAUGGGCAUCGACAGGCAGAACAUUCCUGAGACCUACUUGUGUGAACGCUGCCAACCUCGACACCUGGAUAGAGAGAGGGCCAUCCUGCUGCAGACCAGGAAACGAGAAUGCUUGUCUGGUAAGCAAGGCUACACCGAUGGAUAUACAGAUGGGGACACCAGUGCUACAGAGAGUGGAGACGAGGUGCCGCUAGAGCUCUACUCCACCUUCCAACACACGCCUACCACCAUCACCCUCACCACUGGGCGCCUUGGCAAUAAACCGACUGACAAAAAACGUAAAAAGAGUGGUGAUAGGGAGUCUCCAGCAUCCUCGGCCCGAGCUAAGAAGGCCUUCAGAGAGGGGUCCAGAAAAUCUUCCAGAGUAAAGGGUGCAGCUCCAGAGCAGGAGCCAACGGAGCACCCGUCUCUGUGGGAGAACAAGAUCAAGACGUGGAUGGAGCGCUACGAGGAGGCGAGCAGCAAUCAGUACAGCGAGGACGUCCAGGUCCUGUUGCGUGUCAAAGAGCAAGGCGACGGCAAGAGCCUGGCGUACAACACGCACCCUGCCUCUUUCAAACCGCCUGUGGAGGUAGAACCCUGUUUACAGUCAGAUGUCCAAACUCACCCAUCUUUAAAACCUCUUAGUCAAGUUCAGAAGAACAAGAAGAUCCUGAAGGCGGUGCGAGACUUGGCCCCAGACUCCCUCAUCAUUGAGUACCGGGGAAAGUUCAUGCUUCGACAGCAGUUUGAGGCCAACGGAUACUUCUUCAAGAGGCCAUACCCCUUUGUGUUAUUUUAUUCUAAAUUUGAUGGACUGGAGAUGUGCGUGGACGCUCGCAGCUUCGGCAACGAGGCACGCUUCAUCCGUCGCUCCUGCACCCCGAAUUCUGAAGUGCGGCACGUCAUUGAGGACGGCAUGCUGCAUUUAUACAUCUACUCGUUGAGGCCUAUCGCCAAAGGCACAGAGAUCACCAUUGGUUUUGAUUAUGACUAUGGCAGCUGUAAAUACAAGGUGGACUGUGCCUGUGUGAAGGGGAACCAGGAGUGCCCGGUGCUCAAGCACAACCUAGAACCCACGGAGAACAUGGGCUCCGGAGGCCGGCGCCGAGGGAGUCGCAAGGACAAGGAGACGGUCCGGGACGACCUGGGCCAGAACCAGAACAUGGGUCUGGACUGCGACGGGAAGAGCAAGAGCGUCGGUGACGGCAAACAGAGGAAACUGUCUCCUCUCCGCCUCUCCAUCUCCAACAACCAGGAUCCUGAGUUAUAUGAGGAUCUAGAAGACAAAACCUCCGUUAGCAAUGAAGUAGAGAUGGAGUCAGAGGAGCAGAUUGCAGAGAGGAGGAGGAAGAUGGCCAACCCAGCGGAGCAGUCCCAUCUCCCUGUCGGGGCGGCUUCCAGCUGGAAGGGACUGAAACACAAGGAGACACGGGAAGAGAGGAAGAUGGAGGCCAUCCUGCAAGCCUUCGCCCGCAUGGAGAAGAGAGAGAAACGUAGAGAGCAGGCCCUGGAGAGAAUCGGCAGCGUCAAGACGGAGGGCGGGUGCCGCAGUGACAUCAAGGAGGAGCCGCCAGCCACGCCAGAGAUGGCAGAUUCUCCAGCUGUCAUGCAGCCAUUUCUGGAGGUGAAAGAGGAGCCAGGACUAAAGCCGGCCAAGGUCAAAAGCUCGAGGAACAGAAAAAGUUUCUCAAGGAACCGCACGCACAUUGGCCAGCAGCGCCGGCGAGCUCGCACCAUCAGCACUUGUUCUGACUUGGCCCCCGGCUCUCCGACGGAGUCUGUGGAGCCUCUGAGCAACGAAGCCCCAGAAGGAGAGAUGCCCAUGGCACCAGAGCCGGAGGCCCUCCCCGCCGAAGCACUGGACUCGGACAGCCCGCCGCACAGCAGCUCACCUGCACCCGACAGAAACCGCAACGGCAGCAAGAACUUCAAAACUAAAAAGCACUUUGUGAGUGAGUGGGUGGGAGAGAAGCAGCAGGACCACGGUGGCGUACGAACCCCAGAGCCGGUGCCAGAGAGGCCGCUGAGAAUAAGCAGUGACCCUGAAGUACUUGCCACGCAGCUCAACGCCCUACCGGGCAUGGCCUGCUCUCCACAGGUCUACAGCACGCCGAAACACUACGUCCGCUUCUCAUCGCCAUUCCUGGCAAACCGCAGCCCCACCACUCCCGGAGUCCCCACUGGGAGACGGCGUUCCAGAGAACUGCCUGAAACGCCGCCAACCACAGGAUCCUGCAAGAAGCGAUGGUUGAAGCAGGCUCUAGAGGAGGAGGGCUCCACCAGCCCGGCCAGACGACCGAGCCUCCUCAUGCCCAGCGAGGGUCCUCUCAGCCCCUCCAUUAACGGAGACUCUGACAGCCCUCUACCCUACAACGGCACUUGCUUGCUACCAGAGUUGCCCACACCUUUGAAAAAGCGGCGGUUGAGUCCGUUAGAUGCCUGCAUGUCCGAGGGCUCGACACCCUACGGCUCCCCUUGUGCCACGCCCACCAGGGUGGACCAAUCGGAGGCACCAGCAACCCCCGUCUUACUGGCGACCCCACCGCGUCCCCGAACAGAGGAGCCCAGUACAGAGGCCUCGCCCAGCACCCCAACACAGACACUUAACGCCCUUCAGGAGAGUGAAUCUUCAGUGGAAAGCUCCCCAGAGGUCAGCCGGAAACCCAGUGUGCAAGAGGCCGAUCGUCCUCCUUCGUUGGUCUCCUCUCCCACUCUCAGGGCUCCCAGUUCAGACGGACUCCCAGCAGAAGUCAAGGUGUCAGUUCCUGAGAGUCCUCAGCCUCCAGCUGCUGAGUCUGUGGACAGUGGAGAGGACCGGGCAGACGGCGUGGUGGUUGUAGAGGGCAGCAGUGAGGCUUCCUCAUCUGCAGAAACGUGUGCUUCCUCUUUUCCCGGCUGGAUAAAAAGCCCAGAGAGAGGCCCGACUGGACCAGCUGGCCUGAACUUCUCUCCAGUCAACUCAAACUUAAGGGACCUCACCCCCUCUCACACCCUGGAGCCUCUGGUUUCUCCCUUCAGGCCUGAGGCUGCAGCUGGGGCUGCAGCAGGGUCUGCAGCAGGAACGGGGUCUUUGGUUGUUGCUCAGGCCCCCUUCAGUGAAGCCCCGGGGCAGCAGCUCUUCUACCCCUGCUCUGAGGAGGGAGGUGCACUUGGCUUCUCGCGCUCGCUGAACGGGGACGGCUCUGGUGAGGGAGGAGGGUCGUCGCAGAACCCCCCACAGAAGAAAAAGGUUUCCCUGCUAGAAUACAGGAAACGACAGCGUGAAGCUCGUCGCAGCGGCUCCAAAACAGAGUGCAGCUCACCCGUUUCCACCGUGCCACCUCUGAGUGUGGACGUCUUCCCUGUAGCGCUGGAGACCACCAGUGAACCUCCUCUACCCCCUGCUCCCACUCCUCUCUGCAACACCAACACCACCACCGCUGUCAAAGAGCCUCAGACCAGUGAGGAAGCCGAGGCGCCUGGAGAGAAAGGGGAGAAGGAAGGAGGAGAGGGACAAUGGACGUCGUCCACGUCUGUAGAGCAGGCCCGAGAACGCAGCUACCACAGAGCUCUGCUGCUCAGCAAAGACAAAGACACGGAUGGCGAGACAGAAGGUGGAGAUACACCUGCACUUAGAGAUUGCCCAUCUCCAAGUCUUCAAAAGACCCCGACCCACGCACCCGGCUCUCCUGGUCCUCUCCCCCAGCCUCCCAGUCGGCCAGCGAAGGAGGAAGACGCCGACAGUCAGCCUCGGACGCCCAAUCCGACCAGCCAGCCGACCACCAAGCCUGCGGCGCCCAAACCGGCUCCUCUGACCCCCACGAAGCUGCACCCCACCCCAUUACCCUCCUCUCCGGUCCACUACCCUGGACCCCCCCUCCUCCACUCCCCCAAGCCUCAGCCUCAGGGCUCUCCCUACCGCAGCCAGAGGGCGCUGUUCUCCGCUCAGCCUCAGAACCAGCCGCAGCCUCAGGCUCAGACUGGUCCGGCUCCUUUCUCCCAGUACACCACCCAGAGUGCUCCACCACCACCACCUCCUCCUCCUCCACCAGCACCACCGGUCUCCACGGCCUAUUUUCCCAGUCAGAGCCCCUCACCUGCUGGACAGUUCCCUGGGUUUAAAGCUGCCGUCACGCCCCCCUACCCUCCUGGUUCUCAGACCCUGAUGCAGACUAUUCCCCACAGCGUGCACUAUCAGAGCUCAGCAGCUCCACCGCCGCCGCCUCCUCCACCCCCACACCCGAUGCCCGGCCCCACCCUGCUGCACCUGCAGCCUCCUCCCAUCCAGCAGCACCAGCUCAUGCUGAGCACCGCCCCUCCUCCACCUCCUCCCCCACAGGUCCAGACCCCCCAGCAGCAGCAGCAGCAGGCGCCUCCUACGGGCGGCACGCUGCUGUCGCUCACCCCUCCUCCACCUCCUCCCCCACCUCCCCCCGCCCCCUCGACGCAGCCCCACCACUUUCAGAACUUAGGGGCUUUUCAGCCGGCGUUGCUGCACCCAGGCGCCGCCGCCAACCCUUCAGUGCCCCCGUCGACGUACCCCCCGCCCCUUCAGCAGACCGGACUGCCUCCACCUCCCCCUCCACCUCCCCAACAGACUCAACAAGGCCAAGCCCAGGCCGCCGCCUCCCAGAUGCCUUCUGGGACUCGUGGCGCUCCAGCGUCCUCGACCCCCUUCCACAGCUCGGGGUACCUGAGCACAGGGUGGCACUGACCGCCCUCUCGGCCGCCGGCAGCCCCUGAGGACUCGGCCUGAGAGGGGCGUGUAUCAUAAGCUGUAGAUACGUUUUCUAUGAACACAUGGCCAGUGGAAAAACAGCUGAUUGUGGGAUAAAAGGAUACUUUUUAAGAAAAACACAAAAAACAAGGACAGAAAAUUUUAGACAAAAAGGACAGUGACAUAAUCUUCAAGACAAACUGUGUAAAAAUGAAGAUGGACGAUCCCCCCGGUGCUCAUAGCCCUCUCUCUCUGGCCUCCGUUUGUUUUUAUAUAUCCUUCCUGUGAUGGAGAGGAACGCUCUCUGUGUUCUGUGUCUUGUUUGGACUCCCGUUGUAAGGCCCCGCACUUUGUUUAUCUAUGGACAUUCCAGCCUAUACCCUCCUCCUCUGUCAGUUAUUCCUUUUACUUCUCUCUCGUCUGUCGUCGGCUCUCUACACCAUUUAUUUGUUUUAAUCUAGUGGCUCAUUAUAGCAAAGAGAAAGCUUUUUGUAUAGAGAAAAAAACACAAUUAUUUUUUUUAUUCCUCUGUCUAACAACAAAUAUCUGUUCACCGCUGCAGAUUCAGAAAAGACCCGUUUCUGGGAGCCUGCCUCACCACCACGGGAGGCUGUGUGAAUGCGAGUACGUAUGUGUGUUGUGUGAAAGAGUACGGUUGCUUAACGGCGGGAAGUGCGUGCGUGAUUUCUUGUAACGAGUGCUUGUAGUCUUCUGAGGUAGGCAGAGUGGCGUCGCCCACAGGUAGGACGUUAGCGGUUUAUUUUUGAAUAUCAAUGGUUAUUUGUAGAAAGUGUAAUUUAAUGUAUAGGUGGUUACUCCAGCUUUCACCAGGAACAGGUUGUAAAUAUUCGCUUCUUUUCUUUUCUAUGCUUGUACAAUUCGCUCCCAUCCCAUUUUUUGAAAUAUGGUUGUAAAUAUGAACGCUCUUCUUGGCAAAGCUGAAUGUUUCUGUGACUGUAGCAUUAUUUUUAUUUUUUUUUUCCCUCUCUGGACUCUUCAACCUUGUCUUUUUUUUUAUUAUUUGUGUGUGUGAGUGUAUGUUUGUGUGGAGGGGAGAGACUCACAGACACUGCACUGGUUGGCUAUUUUCAUGGUUCAUUAUAAUAAAUCACUGUAAUGACAGUUUUAUACAAC